AUGGCGCUACUGGUUAUACUUGUUAUGGUGACGUUUACGCAAGCUUUAAGUACUAAUGGAGAGAUGGCGCUGGCAAAUAUUACAAGAUUUGCUUCAGGAGAUCUUUUCUCUUUAGUUGGUACGGACUGUGGAUUAACUCGAUGCAUGGAGGUUAGCCGUGGCACCGCACUUGCCACUUUGGGAAGCAGCGGUUGUGUAUGUCAAUGUCGCAGGGAAUUCCCUGCUUUUAGGGAGGACCAGAAAGUCUGUGUAAAUCUUAUAGAUGAAAUAGAAGACGCAAUCUGUGCAGUUACGAGCGCCCAGUAUCUAUCUCCAUCCGGAUGGGUCACAUUACGAGAUUUAGUCGAUAAUGAUGUUCCAUUUGGAUUGUAUAGAGAUGAAGGCAGUACUUAUUUGCAGUGGCGCGGCUCACCCACCCUCCACACUCGCCUGGAAGGACGUUUGAUAGCUGUUCAUGUUCUAUGUUCCGCGCCCAAGCCAGCACAUCUCGCAGCAUCGUGUGCGGCUUUUCGUGUAGCUGGAAUCACUCGUAAUACGAUAUUAGAUGUUAGGUCUAUACCUUUUCACGCAGGAGAAACAGUAACCACUGAGCCGACCUCACAAAGCCACGGUUUAAGCGUUCUGGAAUCGUUAGCAAUAGGCGUCUGUGUGUUAAUGAUAGUUUUCGUAUAUGCCGCGGGCAUUAUAUUCUACAUACAUUACAAACAAAAACAAAAGAAACGAAUUAAGGACCCUGAGAUGAAUCUCUCUCAUACACUGUCUACUGAUAAUGGCUCUACUAUCGAUUCACGCAUUGGCAUAGAUAGUAUGAGAAUGAAGUCAAAUCCAUUGUUAAAUUUGGAGAAUAUGAGAAGUGAUUAUUCAAAUGACGCAGGUCUUUCAGACGUCAGUGAACACACGGAAGAUACUUUUGAUUCAUCCUCAGUUAAUACUCAAAAGUUCCAAGAAAAAAGUGCAAAUGUCGUAUCCGCCGUAGUACAUUCUAGAAAGAAACCAUCCAGACCUACAAUUCGUGCAUCCACGCCGGAGCAACUCGAGAGGAUACAACGGCGAUCAUCUUCGCCAGAACUUGAAAAAGCACCGCAUUCCGAUCUAUCAAUACUAGAUUGCAUAGAUGAAGAUGAAGCUGUUCAGCCUGAAGGAGAACCGGUUGUUAGAAGGAAGUUGUAUUUCAACCCGGUGUUCUUCGAAAUAGAUUUAUUAAAGAAUCCACCACCAGCAGCAAUGGAAUUUUUGGUAAAAUUAAGGGAAGUGAUGACACUAGCCAAAGAAAAAAUGACUUCAAAAAAAUUUAUACCAGUGUUGUCAGAUAUACCUGAAGAGGAAUCCUAUCACACUGUAGACCUUGGUUGGGACAUCCCUUGUGCUAGACGAGGACGAAGAUUUAGUGCUAUUAGUUUGAAAAGAGAAAAUAGCCGCAGAGCGAUCCAUUGUGGCGGUUGUCCAGGAUGCGAUAGUUCCAAAAUGCAGAAAAGUACUAGCUUAAUUCGAUCUAACUCAUGCAAAACUUGUGUAAGUGAUGAUUAUAAACAAAGAAUAGUUCAAAAAUGGCUGGACGAUGUACCUACUCCAGCUGUUACUGUUAAUAAACCAAUGAAAUCUGUAGCCAAAGUUAGUGGUACUCCACGAGUUAUUGAGCCAAAAGAUAAAGAUAUGCGACUUACUCCGAUUGAACCUGUGACUAACGUAGACUCAGACACUAUUAAAAUUACUGAAUCUAUUGUUAAAGAGUAUUUGAAAGAUAAAAUUGCGAGGGAUAGCGGUAACAAUAAUCUUAAUAAUGUGAAUAAAAGUGAUGUUAUAAUAGCUAAAGCCACUGUAAUUACAAAUUCAGAAAGAAAAAGUCCUUCAAAUCAUGCAACUAGGCGUAUAAGGAAGAAAUUACCCCCUCCACCCCCACCGCCAUCAAAUAACACAGACGUUAGUAAAUUUGAUGAAAUUGAACCAGUUUCUCCGGAAGUUAAAAGAAAAAUGGAAGCUGUUAUUAGAGAAUUAAAUAAAUGCAAGCGAACUGAGCCAGAAAUAAAUUCAACAGCGCCAAAGUUAAUAAUCCCAGUUGUAGCGGCCGACUCACAUUACUUCAGUGAUGACAACGUACUCUCUGAAAGUAAAAAGGAUUUAGAUCAUGAAAGUGCAAAUGAUUUUGAUAGUCUAGAAAGGAGAACUCCCAAAAAGAGAAGAUUUUCAUUAGAUUUUGGGCCAGAAUUAAAUCACAAAGAAGUAUUGUUACAAAAUAACCAAAUAUCACGCGAUAGAUUGACACGUAGUUGGAGAGAUUUAAAAGAUGCGUCAAAAAUAUCACCUCAAACUAUAAGCUUUGAGUCUAAUAAUAAAAGAAUUUCUAACCAUAAUAAUGUAUUCAUUAAUUCAGUGGAACCAAUAUAUAACAACGUAGAGAGGCUCGGACCGCUCACUAUUGAAGUCCGAGGUUCCCCAGUAGAUAAUUGUAAAAAAGAAUACGACGACUUUGACCCAGAUACACUUGAUAGAAAACCAAAAAGACAAAGAGAAACGACUGAAAGCAAGAAAUGCGUUGAAAAAAUCCUUCUAAAAUCGGGAGGAAGCUUUAAACAUAAAUUAGUAGUAUCUGAAACGGAACAAAAGAAAAGUCCUCCAGAAGCCGCUUUCACCCGAAAAAUAGGCAGUUUGAGACAAAUAUACGAAGCAAACAAAAGUAAAAGUCAAAUUAAGAGGCCAUUUAUUGAGCGACGCGGUAGCCUUCCAUACGGAACACAGGAAAUAGCUUCAUAUGUUCGAAAUUUGGAGAGGGACAAUGAAAUCGAACCAAAGCCGCCACUACCAAGCAAGAAACGGGAAGCUAAUUCAAAGAAUAAUACACCAAGAAACAGCCCACCAAGUGAUAGAUAUCGAUCAUCCGAAGAAAGAGAUCGAUUUCCGCCGUAUUCUCGGACCGAUAACAUCAAUAUGAGACGAUCCGGUCGAAGAUCGGCUAGAACAAGAUCUAGACGAGUCGAUAUAAAAAAACUUUGUCGAACUGAAGAUUCAGGCUAUUUGAGUACUGAUUCAAACGAAUCUAAACGAAGAGCGAGAUAUUUAAUGCAAUUAAAACCUAAAAUUCAAUUAGAACCAAUUCAGAAAACUGUUAAAAUGAACUCUUUGCAUAUAGAUACAGACACGGACGAAUUAGAAUCUCUAUGCGACGGUCGAAGCGAGUCUGGAGGAGAAAGUAUUGAAACAGACUCGGUGUUUUUUGGCAAUUUGGACGAUUCUAAGUUAAUUUUCGAGGAAUUCGGCUUAGAAUUGGAGUCUUCUAAGUUAAAUCAAAAUCAAAUAGAUUCAGGGUUUGUUGGUGAAACGAAUAUAAUUUUAAGUGGUGACAGUGAUUCAGAACACAAAAGUGUUAUUUCAAUAGUAACGGGUCACGACGGUAGAGCCUCAGCGUCUUCUAUAUCGAAUUUAGACGAUUCGCCAUACAUACAGUCUGUAGAAUGUACG